AUGCAGGCCAACAACGCCAAGGCAGUGAGUGCAUGCGCAGAGGCCAUCAAUGCCCUUGUGAAGCCUCAGGCUGUCAAGUCCAAGAUGCCAAAGGGCUCCAGCCGCAAACUCAGCCGUCCGGCUUUCAGCGCUCACCCCAAGCUUGGGAAGAGGAUUCGAAGCUACAUGGCCAAGGGUCGUAGGCUCAGCCAACCAAAGCCCAAGAUUCAAACCAAGGCAGAGGCCAAAGUUCCAGCUAAGGCCCAGGCUUCGGCUCCAGGUCAGGCUCCCAAAGGUGCCCAGGCCACUGUGAAGACCCCGUAG